AUGUAUGUAGGAUUCUCCGGUUCAACAGAAGGAAGCACAGAGAUUCACUUAAUCGAGAAAUGGAGCUUCAAGACUUCUGGGUUUCUUCCGGUGAGAUCGAAAUCUAAUCAUCCUCACAACGUUUCAGAUAGCUCUAUAGUUCCUCCAUUGGCUAUACCACGUUCCGCGAGUAAGAAGCGUCGUCACAGGCACAAUCUCGCUAUUGCUAUUUCUUGUCCAAUCAUCUUCUGCUUUGCUCUCUUUGCGUUUGGAUUCUUAACCUUGAGGAAAUGGAGAGUCGUGAAAGCAAAGAAGGAGCUCAAGACAGAGCAAAUCACAGGCUUAAGAGAGUUUAGCUACAGAGAGCUUUACGCAGCUACGAAAGGGUUUCACUCGAGCAGAGUCAUCGGAAGAGGAGCGUUUGGGAACGUGUACAGAGCCAUGUUCGUUUCCUCUGGAACAAUCUCCGCUGUGAAGAGAUCGAGGCACAACUCAACGGAAGGCAAAACGGAGUUUCUCGCUGAGCUCUCAAUCAUUGCUUGCUUGCGUCACAAGAAUCUUGUGCAGCUGCAGGGUUGGUGUAACGAGAAGGGAGAGUUGCUUCUCGUAUACGAGUUUAUGCCUAAUGGAAGUCUUGACAAGAUUCUGUAUCAGGAAUCAGAAGCAGGAGCCGUCUCUCUAGACUGGUCACAUAGGCUCAACGUUGCGAUUGGUUUAGCUUCAGCUUUAUCGUAUCUCCACCAUGAAUGUGAGCAGCAAAUGGUUCACAAAGAUAUAAAGAUGAGCAAACAUAAUGCUCGAAAUAAACUUCAACGCAUGGCUGGGAGAAGCACCUACAGAGUGGUGAUCCUAGAGAGAUUUCUUGUGGGAGAAUAUUUUUUUAUCUGA